AUGGGUUUCCCUCAUGCACGCAACGGGAAGCUUCGAAUCGCAGCCAUUGGUGCUGGUGCAUCGGGCCUGGCCUCACUUCGCACAUUGGCCGAUGAAUUCAAGAAAGAAAUAUCAUCUGGUGAUUGUGAGAUAACCUGUUUCGAGAGGAGAAAUGACACAGGCGGGAUUUGCAGGCUACCAGACCGUUCCGAUACCAAACCACAAUCCGAUGUUCCCGACACACCACUCUAUAACUGUCUGACGACGAACUUACCACUACCUAUUAUGUUGUAUCCUUCUUGUGAUCCUGCCCCCUCCACGCAUUUAUUCCCACCGGCGCAAGCAAUAGUGGAGUACCUGCACAAGUACGAAACUCGGUUUAAACUCCGCCCUUUUAUUCGAUUCAGCACGGUCGUGUCGCGUGCCCUUUGGAAUGACAACACCCACCAGUGGGAUGUUACAACUCAUCCAAGAAACCAGCCCGAGAAUUCCAGCGAGUUAUGUUUCGACCAUUUGCUUGUCACCAAUGGACAUUAUGGGAAGCCCCAUUUCGUUACAUUUCCUGGAAUUGACGAUUGGAGUGCAUCCGGCGCCCGAACUGUCAUACAUUCUAUGUGGUAUCGAGAACCAUCUCAGUACCACGGAUUACGAGUUCUCGUUGUAGGAGGCGGCCCUUCCGGAAAUGAUCUAGCUAGUGAUCUAUCUACAGUUGCAAGGAAAACAAUCCAAAGUGUCAGAUCAUUCGAGGACGAAGAUCUAGGUCCGGUAACUAAACGUGGUAAAAUCGAUCAUUUUACUGCUGAUGGGCUGGUGGUUUUUGAGAACGGUAAACAAGCGCAUGUAGAUCGGGUUAUUCUGGCUACCGGCUAUGAAUACGACUUCCCUUUCCUUCCGCAGUUGCCUAUACGGAAUCCGGGCGUCGACGAAACGAGUUUCUACACUUCUCGUGCGCAUAUAUACCCUUUGGCUAGGCAUAUAUUCCCUCUUCUCACGAGCUUUCCAUUGGGUUCAAUCGCAUUCAUCGGGAUUCCUGUCCGAUUGGCGCCCUUCCCGUUGUUUGAGGCACAGGCACUUCUCGUCGCGAGAGUGAUAUCAGGCCGGGUCAGCCUGGACCUUGGUCGAGAACUUGAACUUUGCAAGACUCGGAACGAAAAACUCAUAGAAGUUUAUAAGAGUCCUGAGCGAGUCGCCAGGAACUGGCAUGUUCUCGAUGGUGACGCUCAGUUUGCACAUCGUGAGGAACUAUGGCACCUCGCUGGCGAGAGCCGUACCUGCCCGGAAUGGAGCUCUGAGAUCUACCAGGCCAAGGUGGUACUUCGAGAUGAAUGGAGGGAUUUAGUUAGAACCGGAGAGGCCGAUUCAUGGUCAAAAGGUGUUGGCGAGGGAGGAAUGAAGGACUGGGUCGAAUUAAUGCACACUGGGACGUCAUUCUCUCAGCCGAUGUGGUUCUCACCACUUGUAUUCAGUUCAACUUGCAUCGGAGUUGUAGCGAGCCUCGCUUCUGAACAUCUCGGCCUAAAAGUUGAACAUAAAAACCCCACCAACUCUUCUCAUUUUCAGGAUGAGCCCUCCAGUUCAGGCAACAUGCAAUUUGUUCUUGCUCUUGCGUCCGCGGCGACUCUGGUACUCCCUGUCGCAGCACAAUGCGAAGACUAUAGCAAGUAUUCCACGAAGCCUCAAGGAAUACCUAGCGCCGGUGUACUAGGUUUGCCAUUGAUGAGGCCUCCUCCAGAAUGCCGGACAUUUAACAGCUCAUCAGUUGAGACCGUCAUCGAUCAGAUGAAGAAGCGUCUAAAAGAUCCUGAUGUUGGCCGGCUUUUCGAAAACACAUUUCCCAAUACUUUGGACACAACAGUCAAGUACUUCAGUAAGGAAAACAAUCUGGCAUUCAUAAUUACUGGGGAUAUCACUGCACAAUGGUUGCGAGACACGGCAAAUCAACUGGCUCAUUAUCACUCCUUGCUCGGACAAGACAAAGAGCUUGCUACACUUGUGAAGGCCGUCAUCAAUAACGAGGCUCGCUACAUUGCAGAGUAUCCUUAUUGUGGUGCUUUUCAACCGCCUCCAGAAAGUGGACUCAAACCAACCGUCAACGACUGGGCUUUGGGGGUUACUGUAAACCCGCCAGUUAAUAAUCAAACCGUAUUCGAAUGCAAGUACGAGCUGGACUCCCUCUGCGGAUUCUUGAAGUUAUCUCGCUCAUACUAUCAAGCGACCAAAGACCCUUCGUUCGCCAACGACAAUUGGGAUGCCGCAAUUUCACAGAUUUUUCGCGUUAUAGAGGAACAAUCCCAAGGGACCUUUGAUGAGGAUUUCAAUGUCAUCUCGUACUACAACUGGACAGGAGGAAACGGUGCCCUCAGUCCUCAAGUGCCCAACCGGGGCAAUGGCGAGCCUAAAGGGUACACCGGUAUGGUUGGGACACACCAUCGACCAAGUGAUGAUUUAAGCACAUACGCGUUCUUGACUCCUGCCAAUGCGAUGCUCUCGGUAGAGCUUGCGCAUCUUGCUGACGCUCUUGAUAGUAUUGGUCGAUUGAAGAAUGUGUCUGAUAGCGCCCGCGAAUGGAGCUCUCAAAUACGGGAUGCCAUUUGGAAUCACACGGUUUCCGACGGAGUAUUUGCCUAUGAGACUAAUGGACUUGGAAGCCAAUACCUUAUGGAUGACGCCAACGUUCCUUCGCUUCUGUCGUUGCCAUACCUUGGAUUCUUGAACAAGACAGAUCCUACCUAUGUAAAGACGAAAGACAUGAUACUUUCACGCAGGAAUCCUUAUUAUGCCAAGGGGAAGACAGGUCCUCACGUAGAUACUGUUCACCCAUGGCCCAUGUCGCUCAUCUCCGCGAUAUACGGCUCGGAUGACAACAACGAAAUCGAAGCCCUCUUAUACACGAUCGUCAACGUUAUGAGCCCCGGUGACGCAGUCAACGACGCGAAAACCGAGAACCCUGAGAAUACGACCCAGCCCCAGUCAGCUUUUAAAUCAAUGGCGACGUCAGAGAGCAAUACAUCGUACCUCAGCAAGAAAACCUUCGAUAUCCCGUCGCUCAAAGACGAUGGAUCCAACUACACGGCCUGGAAGUUUCGUCAGACAACCGUUCUUCGCCUACGCGGAUUACUUACCAUAGCCAACGGCACGGAAAAGAAACCCGAACCACUAACGGGAGCAGACGCGUUGAUCGCAAGUAAGGUUGCUGAACACCAGAAGCUGAUAGAUCGAUGGGACAAGCGUAACGACGAAGCAUUCGCGCAAAUCGCGAUGAAUAUGGACGACGGCGCGAUGGCAGAAGUCAUCGAGACAUCGGGAGCGCAUGAAGCAUGGAAACGCGUGAUCGAACGAUGGGAAGGAAAAGGAAUGCAAUCCCUGUCUUUCCUAUUCCAGCAGCUAAUGAGUACGAAAAUCGAGGAGGAAGAAGACCUUACCACAGCGUUCAAUAACAUACGAUCGCUCACCUCGAAAAUGAAGACUCUAGGCGAACCAAUCAGCGAUCUAAUGCUAGCCCAAGUCCUAAUGAACGCGUUACCUCCAUCUUAUGCGAUCAUCUCCUCUGUAGUCUCCACUUCGAACCAAGGCUCUACCGUCACGUCAGAUAUGGUUAUCGAAGCCGCGUAUGCCGAAGAAAAACGGCGUAAAGCUGGAGUCGGCCUCAAUGCCAUGUUCACGCAAGCCUCAAAGUCGAAUUCGCGAUCAAAAUCCCAGAGUAACGCGAAGGGGAAAGGAAAGGACAAAGGUCCUCCAUGCGAAAACUGUGCGAAAACGGGACAUACCAAGAAAGAAUGCUGGGGAAAGGGAGGCGACGCAGAGGGAACAGGACCGCAUCAGAAGCGACGCGCAGCGAAGGAGGCGAAAGAGAAAGCUUCGAACGCAGCACCGAAAAGCGAAUCAGCCAAGGUCGCGUUGACAAACAAUGGGAACGAUUCCGAACCCACUUUAUACGCUCUUCCCGCAACCAACGAUCGUUCAUGCGCAAGCUCCUGGCUGCUCGAUUCCGGCGCAUCUCGACACAUGACCCCAAAUCGUCACUGGUUCGCUACGUACCAAUCGCUAUCCACGCCGAUAAACAUUCAAGUUGGCGAUGGAAACCGGAUUCCAGCCAUCGGCGUAGGCCGCGUUCUCGUAACACUAAAGAAUCGCCAAGGUCAAGAGACCGAAGCUUACAUCAAGUCAGUCCUACACGUACCCGAUCUAAGUGCCAGCCUAUUAUCGGUCAAAGAACUAGUCGACGGCGGCACCGAUGUGAUGUUCAAGCACGGAGGAGCAAUCCUCGUUUCGAAUAAGGGACAGGGGAAAGAAGUCAGCUACGCACGCGCGUUGGGUCAGUUAUAUCGACUAGAUGCUCGAGUAAAAAAUGCCAAAAUAACGACUCACAUUGCCCAUGUCGAACCUGAUGAUCGGAACGAAAAAGACGACUCUGAAGCCCUUGGAUUCGCCUACAGUGCCGGGACAGUUGCACGAGCAGACCUGUCAACGUGGCAUCGUCGCCUAGGUCACCUAAACUACGAAUACGUGUUAGACAUGGUGCGAAAAGGAGCUGCGGACGGAAUGGAUAUUAUCGGAAGCCGCAUACCGCCUAAAUCCCCUUGCCCCCCUUGCGUAAAAGGAAAACAAACUCGAAGUCCAUUCCCUACAUCGACGAAUCACGCCUCAAAAUGCCUUGAAUUACUUCAUAGCGAUCUGCACGGGCCCGUAGCCGUCGAAGCGAUAGGUGGCUAUCGAUACUUCUCAGUUACCAUCGACGAUAAAUCCCGAAAAAUGUUCGUCCACUUACUGAAACAUAAGAACGAAUUCCCGGCGCGAUUCAGGGAACUAGUCGCCUCGUUAGAAAAUCAGACAGGCGAUCGAAUAGUGUCCCUACGUACCGAUGGAGGCGGCGAAUACUGUUUGGACGAAUUCGAAGGCUGGAUGAAGUCGAAAGGGAUCGGACAUCAGAAAACCGAAGCCGAUUCGUCAUCGAGUAAUGGAGUUGCUGAACGAGGCAUUCGAACUAUGGGUGAUUUCGAUCGAACAAUGCGGGAAGAUGCCAACUUACCAGCGAAAUACUGGGGCUACGCGAUUCUCCACUCGGCCCUUCUCUGGAACGUCACGCCGAAAAGUUUCCUCGGAGGCAAGACCCCCGAAGAAGUUUUCUCAGGCCGGAAACCGAACGUCUCACGCCUUCGGACUUUUGGCUGUAAAGCCUGGGCUCGCGUACCCAAUAACAAACGAACAAAGCUGCAACCAAAAUCAAUCGAGUGCACUUACCUGGGUUACGCACCGAAUAGAAAAGCCCACUUACUGGUCAUUUGUUCCACGGGAAAGAUCUUCACGUCGCGCGACGUUGUAUUCGACGAAGGAGGCGAAACCCGCCAGCGCAUCAUAAUCGAAGACGAUGACGAUCUCGAGAAUGCCGAAGAGGUCUCCGAGAAAGUGGGCGAGUCUGAGAAACCCGAAAACGUUAGAGACGAGGUCGAAGAACAAGAACCCGAUGUACUCACCAGAGUAGACGACGAGCCCCUCAUAUCGAACGAACCACCGCCGACACGUCGAUCCACCCGAAUUUCACGUCCUCCAGCACGAUAUGGAUCGAACGUGGGCGGAUCGGCACGAAUCGCGAUGUCAAGCGACUGGGAAUAUAAGUCGGCAUUCGCCGCAUUAAAAAUGGAUGACGCACCGCGAAACUUCAAGGAGGCUAUGAGUCGAGACGACUCACACCUAUGGAUGCAGGCGAUGAUUGAAGAAAUCGACUCGAUCACAAAACACAGGGUGUGGAUGGCUACACAACGUCCGUCUGGCAAGAAUAUUGUGGGGUGCAUGUGGGUGUACUCUUAUAAACUAGGACCGGAUGGAGAGAUUGUCCGAUACAAAGCUAGACUCGUUGCGAAAGGUUACUCUCAACAGCCAGGUAUCGAUUACAGCGAAAUUUCCUCACCCGUGGCAGCAUCCGACGCAUUUCGUAUCCUUCUUGCUCUAACCACGCUAGGAAACCUUGAACUUCUUCAGCUUGACAUUAAAACCGCGUUCUUACACGGAAAUCUCGAUGAAGAAAUCUAUAUGGAACAACCUGAAGGUUUUGAUGACGGGAGCGAAAAUGUGUGGCGAUUAGUGAAGGCCCUUUACGGUUUAAAACAAGCUGCGCGUGCGUUCUACUUACGCUUGAAGGAGGUUCUUGAGGGUAUAGGCUUUACUCGAUGCGAGUCAGACUACGCCGUAUUCAUCAAACAAGAUGAGAACAAUCUGGCGAUCAUUCUAGCGCACGUAGACGACAUGUUACUAGCGGGAAAGCCACUUACAUAUCUUGAAGAAAUCAAGUCAAAGCUCCGUGAAUCGUUUGAACUGGUCGAUCUGGGCGAGGCGAAGAUGUUUGUGGGAGUCGAAAUCGAACGGGACCGAAACGAGGGCACUUUGAAAAUAUCACAGAAGCAAUACAUCAAUGAUAUCCUUACUCGAUUCGGGAUGUCCGACUGCAAAUCAUGUGAGACGCCAAUGGCCGAAUCGCUCGAUUUACCGAAGCUGGACUCACCGACUAUCGACCGAACGCAUUAUCAACGAUUAGUUGGGUCUUUGAUGUACGCGAUGAUCUCGACCCGUCCCGAUAUCGCUUUUGCCACUGGAUUGCUGGCACAGCAUGCCGCGAAUCCAGGAGACGAACACUGGUUAGCUGGAAAACGAGUAUUACGUUAUCUGCAGGGAACGAAAUCAGUUGGUAUUAUAUACCGCGGAUCCGAAGUAAAGGACCUCGAGGGGUACGUGGACGCAGAUUUUGCGGGUGACAAGAACUCCAGUCGAUCUACUACCGGAUGGGUAUUCCGUAUAGCAGGAGGUUGUGUCGCGUGGUCCUCGAGAAAACAGUCGACGAUUUCAUUAUCGAGUACGGAAGCUGAAUAUGUCGCAGCAUCAAGCGCCGCACGUGAACUCAUAUGGAUUCGGCAAUUCUUGGGCGAAAUCAACCAUCGUUCGAACGACGCAACGAUUCUCCAUACUGACAAUCAGUCAAGCAUGGCUUUGGCGCGAAAUCCCUCGAAUCACCAGAAUACUAAACACAUUCGCAUCAAGUACCACUUUAUUCGUGAAAUGAUCUUCCUGCGUGAACUCGAACUCAGAUAUGUACCAACUGAUGAACAAAUCGCUGAUAUGCUCACAAAGCCACUUGGUCGACUGAAGUUUCCCGUUUUCGUGCGCGGUCUGGGUAUGAAGUGA